ACAUACAACACACUUGGAGAGAGAGAGAGAGAGAGAGAUGGGAAGCAGUAGUAAUAGUAAUGGCCCUCUCUUUGUAACGGAGGAAGCGAAGGGAAGGGGUUGUUACAAGGUUUUUGCGAGCUCCAUGUUAGUGGGGAUAUUAUUGAUAUGGUUUUAUAGAGCAACUCAUCACACAGUAAUAUUGGUAGGAGGAGGAGGAGGAGGAGGAGGAGAAGAAGAAGAAGGGAUGAGAUGGGCUCGGAUUGGGUUGUUCAUGGCCGAGCUCUGGUUCGGCUUCUACUGGAUCCUCACUCAAUCCGUUCGCUGGAACCCCAUCCGCCGCUCCACCUCCAAGGACAAGCUCGCUCAAAGAUACGGAUCGGAUAUGCCGGGCGUGGAUAUAUUUGUGUGCACCGCCGACCCGCACGCCGAGCCGCCGAGCCUCGUGGUGUCGACGGUGCUCUCCGUCAUGGCGUACGACUACCCGCCGGAGAAGCUCAACGUCUACCUCUCCGACGACGGUGGCUCCGUCCUCACCUUCUACGCCCUCUGGGAGGCCGCACGGUUCGCAAAGCACUGGCUCCCGUUCUGCCGAAAGUAUAACGUCGAGCCUCGGUCGCCGGCCGCAUACUUCUCACCGUUGGAUGCGCCUCAGGAUUCGUGCAGCGGCGGUAAUGGUGAUGCUGCAGCUAAAGAAUGGUCGUCAGUGAAGGACCUAUACGAAGAAAUGGCGAAUCGAAUUGACUCUGCUGUUACAUUAGGCAAAAUUCCUGAGGAAGUUAAAGCAUAUCAUAAAGGUUUUUCUGAGUGGAAUUUUAGUAUAAGCCCCAAAGAUCAUCACCCUAUUGUUCAGAUUAUGAUCGACGGAAAAGACGCAAAUGCAGUUGACAACACGGCGGUUAGACUACCAACACUGGUGUACAUGGCGCGCGAGAAGAGACCACGAUACCACCACAACUUCAAGGCUGGGGCUAUGAAUGCUUUGAUAAGGGUGUCAUCAGUGGUCAGCAACAGCCCCAUCAUCCUAAAUGUGGACUGUGACAUGUACUCGAAUAACUCCGAGUCGAUUAAAGACGCGCUGUGCUUCUUCCUGGACGAAGAGAGGGGCCAGAACAUCGGCUACGUGCAGUAUCCCCAGAACUACAACAACAUUACCCAGAGUGAUUUAUAUGGCAACUCCCUAACUGUUAUCAAUGAGGUGGAGCUUCCUGGGUUAGAUUAUUGGGGUGGCCCUCUUUAUAUUGGCACUGGAUGCUUCCACAGAAGGGAGAUUCUCUGCGGAAGAAGAUAUAGCAGAGACUACAAAGAGGACUGGAGAAGAGGAGCUCAGAGGCAAGCAGGAGAAAGUGUCGAAAAGUUAGAAGAGAGGGCCAAGCCUCUUGCUACUUGCACCUAUGAGCUAAACACCCAAUGGGGCAAUGAGAUUGGGUUGAAAUAUGGGUGUGCAGUGGAGGAUGUCAUCACAGGAUUGCUAAUCCAAUGCAGGGGAUGGAAAUCCAUCUACUUCAAUCCCCCAAGAAAGGGGUUUUUAGGUGUGGCACCGACAACGAUGGCACAAACACUGCUGCAGCACAAGAGAUGGAGUGAGGGGAACCUCCAAAUAUUUCUCUCCAAGCACUGUCCCUUCCUGCUUGGUCACGGAAAGAUCAGGUUGGGGCUUCAGAUGGGCUACAGCAUCUAUGGCUUGUGGGGACCCAACUCCUUCCCAACUCUCUACUAUGUGGCUGUUCCUUCCCUUGCACUCCUAAGAGGCAUUUCCUUAUUCCCAAAGGUGACAAGCCUAUGGUUCAUACCCUUCACUUAUGUUAUGGUGGCUAGGCACAUUUACAGUCUAGUGGAAGCCCUAAGAUGUGGAUGCACAUUCAAUGGGUGGUGGAAUGGUCAGAGAAUGUGGAUGAUAAGAAGGGUCACCUCUUAUCUAUAUGGCACAAUAGACACCGUUGUCAAGAUGUUGGGGCUAUCAAAGAUGGCGUUCGCGAUCACCACGAAGGUGAGCGAUGAAGAUGCAUCAAAGAGGUAUGAGCAAGAUGUCAUGGAGUUCGGGUAUUCGUCUCCGAUGCUCGUGAUUAUAUCGACGGUUGCAUUGCUCAACAUUGUUUGUUUAGUUGGCGGGCUAUUUAGGCUGGUGUUGGGUUGGGGAGUUGCAGCUUGGGAUGCAUACUUGAUUCAAGUUAUUCUUUGCGGGAUGAUAGUAGCCAUCAAUAUGCCAAUAUAUGAUGCUCUCUUCUUUAGGAAAGACAAAGGAAACAUUCCUCCUUCUGUCACAUUUACUUCCCUUGCCUUUGUUUUGCUGUUAUGUGCAAUACCUCUCAUGUAAUACGUUUAAUUUGCUAGGUGUAAUUUGUUUCAAACAUAUGAAAUGUGCCUUAGUACUUUUUUCUAUUC